CCGCGGGGAAGUCAACGUUUGUCAGGCUGCUGGAGAAACACAGCGAUGAGUGGGAGAUCAUCCCCGAGCCCAUCGCCAAGUGGUGCAACAUCCAGACAGCGGGAGAUGAAUGCGAGGAACUUUCAACAUCCCAGAAGAGUGGAGGAAAUCUACUUCAAAUGCUGUACGAUAAACCCACAAGAUGGGCUUACACAUUUCAGACUUAUGCUUGCUUGAGCCGAGUAAGAGCACAAUUAAAACCUGUCUCAGCCAAGCUACAUGAAGCAGAACACCCAGUGCAAUUCUUUGAGAGAUCCGUGUACAGUGACAGAUACGUAUUUGCUUCUAACCUGUUUGAGUCUGGAAACAUUAAUGAAACAGAGUGGGCUAUUUAUCAGGACUGGCACACCUGGCUUUUGAAUCAGUUUGAAUCAGAUAUAGAACUGGAUGGCAUAAUCUACCUAAGAACCACACCUCAGAAAUGCAUGGAAAGACUACAAACGAGGGGAAGAGAAGAAGAACAAGGAAUUGAGCUCGAGUAUUUGGAAAACCUUCACUAUAAACACGAAGCCUGGCUUCAUGAAAGGACUAUGAGAGUUGACUUUGAGAACCUUAAAGAGAUUCCCAUUCUAGUUUUGGAUGUUAAUGAAGAUUUUAAGAAUGAUAAGAUUAAACAGGAAUACCUGAUUGAUAAGGUCAAGUCUUUCCUGACUUCUUAA